GCCAAACAUGUACGCAACUCUGGUGGGUAUGGCCGGCGUCGUGGCGCUUAUCGUCCUCUUCCUGAUUCUUCGAUCGACGAUGCGCCCGAAGCGCGACCAGGAGCAGACAAUGGAGCUCAAGACGACCCAGGCGAAGAAGAAGGUGGUGCCCAGCAUCCGGGGCAUGGAGAGGCUCCGCACCGAGGAUUGCGCGCAGGCGGUGGAGAAGGGAACUGCCACAAAGGAUGCAGAGAACAGGUUCAGGAUGGACUACUGGUCUAUGCCCCUGCGGCAGCUCUCU